GAGUCGAAGGGAGCGCGACUGUGCUUUGUUCAUACGAUCGUGCACAGUGAAGUUCAGAAUUUUUUAAAAAUUAAGGGAUAACGUAUAAUGUCACUUGCGUCAAAACUUACAUUCGCGUUAUGUUGUGCAACUUCAUUGGGUAUAAUUGGUUACGUGCAUUAUAAACAAGAAUAUGAUAGGAAGCAGCUGCAUUUAGGUGUUGAGCGUGAUAUUGAACGACAAGAGCGUCGAAAAGCUGAAAAGUUAUUUAAUCAGCCGAUAAACUUUACGGAUAAGUUACCAACAUCCGAAGAACAGGAACAGCUUCAAGCUUCAUAAUUU